AUGGGCCCCUUCCUCUCCUUUUUAUUCUCACCCGACGGUCAUUUCUGGAUCCCCAUUCUAGUCCACUUAUUCGUCACCUCCACCCUCCUCCUCCUCAUAUUAUUUGCACCCUCACCAUUUCUGAUGUCACCACUUCCUAUCCGCUUCCAUCGCCAAUCCAUUGACUACCACGUGCCACUGCUGAUAUCAGCAAAGCCCCGGCGGCCGGUCCAAAUAGGGCAACAGGUCUAUCUUCAUGACAUCAAUCUGCCAUCACAUACUAUCAAAACAUCGGUCACUCGUCUUGCCUGGUUGGAGCGUGGGUGGGUAGUUUUUGAGCUGGAGAAGGUUCAUCCCCUUGCGUCGCCCAUGUUCAUCGCUGUCCCAUUCACUUGGAACUCAAUUCCAGACUUCUUCUCUAAAUCUCAAGUUCACUACUCUGCUACUUGUGAUCCAGUGUGGUCACAAUACUUCCCACUGCUACCACUGCUAUCUGCUGUCAUUGUCACUC